AUGGCGGCGGGGGGACCGGGGGGGGCGGCGGAGGAGCUCGCGGGCACCGCCGAGGCGCCCGGUGAAGGGCUCCGCGCCUCCCUCUGCCCCGCAGGCCCGGAGGCCGCCCCCGGCGUGGCGGGAGGGAGCUCGUACCUGGCGGCGUGCCGGGCCUGCGGCGUCAGCCCGGCCUCCUGCCUCCUGCGGCGGCCGCGGGGCCCCGCCAUCCCCCUGCGGCACCGCGGGCUGGGCCCGCGGGGUGCCAAGGCCUUAGCUCUUUCCUUGGUGGCUGAUACCUCUAUCAUCAAGUUAGACCUGGGUGACAACUGGCUGCUGGGAGAAGGGGCAGCUGCAAUUGCAGAGAUGCUGAAAGAAAACUGCUACAUUUCAGCUGUCGAUUUAUCUGACAACAAAUUGGGCAUUGAGGGAGCUAAGGCCUUUUCUGCUAUGCUUCUAGAAAAUAAUACAAUUGUGUCCCUCCAGCUCUCAGGAAAUGAAUUUGAUGACCAUGCAGCGAAGUAUUUAGCAGAUGCCAUCACAGCAAACAGCAAAGUGGAAAUUCUUGAUCUGAGUUACAACAUGUUUGGUGAUAAAGCAGGUGAAGUUCUUGGAAUGGCAAUAGCAGAAAACAUUGGACUAAAGGAACUUAAAAUCAGCUGGAACCAUUUCCAUAGCGAAGGGGCAGCUGCUUUGGCCAAAGGCUUGGGGGCAAACAUAUUCCUCAAGGUGCUGGAUGUUUCCUACAAUGGUUUUGACAACAGUGGAGCAGCUGCCUUGGGGGAGGCUCUUAAAACCAACAAUGUACUGGAAGAGCUCAACAUUAGCAAUAAUCGUAUUUCAGUGGAAGGAGCUCUGCGAUUUGCAGUUGGCCUGAAAGAAAACAAGACUCUAAAGACUCUUAACAUGAUCAGAAAUCCCAUGCAGAGUGAAGGCUGCUGUGGGGUCCUCAAAGCUCUACAGGCAAAUUCUGGCACCGGUGUGGAGAUCCUGGAUCUGCCAGACAUACCUGUGAGCAAAGAGUUUGCAGAGCUGCGUGAUGCUGUGAAAAUACUUUUUCCAAAUCUACUUCUCAGGCAUGGUGGAAACACAAAGUUGCAGAGGAAAAGUCAGUUGAAGGCUGAGCUUCAGACUCAGCUGAAAGUGGAGGGUAAUUCCCAAAAUUCAGUGGCUUAACGUGAGUCUCUUUG